AUGUCCGAUCUUACGAGUGAUUCGAAAGCGGAAAUACUCUCGAGAGUUCCGAUGACGUCUCUAACAAGAGUGCGAUCUACUUGCAAAGAGUGGAAUGCUUUAUCUAAAAGUUGGCUCUUUGGUAAACCAGGGCAUCAGUUUAUGGGGUUCAUGAUGGAUUCUAGGGUUUGUUCCUUGAGACUUGACCUCCAAGGAAUCCGAGAGGAUGGAGACUCUGUUGAUAUAUUAUCUAUAAAGCAAGUGAGUAUAUUUGAUAAAGUCGAGAUAUCUAAAGUCUUUCAGUGCGACGGUUUGUUGCUAUGCAUCAUCAAAGACGAAAACUCGAGGCUCUUGGUGUGGAAUCCCUAUUUGGGGAAAACGAGGUAUGUCCAAAGCAGAAAAAAUCUCUACAGACAAGACAUGUAUGCUCUCGGUUAUGACAACAACCGUAACCACAAAAUCUUGAGGUUUUUAGAUACUUUUAGCUACAACGUAGAAGUCAUUCAAGCAUAUGAACCUUUCGGGUUCGAAAUCUUCAAUUUUAACUCCAAUUCAUGGAGAGUUCUUGAUGUCACUCCCGAUUUUUAUGUACCAUAUUAUCAACGCGGCGUGUCCGUGAAGGGAAAUACUUACUUUUUCGCAAAAGAGAAACUUAAAGUGGAGGGAUAUGGAUUUAAAGAGAUGAUAACAGAGAUUGAAGAUUUCUUACGCCAUUUAUCCGAGACAAUGGAGAUUUGGGUUACCACUAAGAUCGAGCCCGGUGCGGUGUCGUGGAGCAUGUUUCUGAAAGUGGAUAUAAGACCGCUCAAUGGUUUGGAGUUUGACGUUGAAGCUGGGAGUUUCUUCAUCGACGAGGAGAAGAAAGCGGCCGUUGUUUUCGAUGUAGACGGGUAUGAAUGGACGCCGGAGACAUGUCGUUACCAGACCGCUUACGUCUUCGGACAAGACGGAUACUUCAAAGCUGUGAAUAUCGGAGAAGCUCCGCAUCUCGGGAAACAUGGCAUAUAUCUUUGCCCACUUGUGUGCUCUUCAUAUUAUCCAAGCUUAGUGCAGCUGCCAGACAAUAAGGAAAAUGAAUAG